CGUUAGAGUUUCACAUUGUUAGCGCUGCUGACGGCGAUUUAAUUGUUAUUGUUAGCAGGCUAGUUCUUCAGUGAAUACACAGAUGAAAGUGCAUUGAGAAACACUUCAUAUAUGUGAGCGAGAAGCACGUUGACGAGUAAGAAACGAUUAUAACUGAACUAACAGAAGUAUGAACGAUGCGGAAUCAGCCACGAGAAAGCACGCAAGUUCACGAGAGCUACAGACUCCUAAGAAUGAGGAUGCAUAUGAAAUCUCCAUUCCCUUUGAAGAUAACAACUUUGGGCAGCAGGGAGGUUUUUACAACCAGAAUGACCAGAACUUUGAUGGUAGUAAUCCACCAGCACCAGGCAGCUCGUACCUGUUAAUCACCAACUUGCGCACCCAACUGCAGAUCUCACUGGAAAAAAACUCGUGGCUGCAGAAACGCAUUGAGGACCUGGAGGAGGAGAGAGACUUCCUGCGAUGCCAGCUCGAUCGCUUUAUUUUCUCAACUAAGAGUCAGGAAAGCAAUGGUAAUGAUUCCAGGAGUUUUGCUUGGAGGAGGAGGCGAGAGACUGAUCGGGAUCAACAAGCAGAGAGCCAGCUGUCAGCCAACCGCCAAUCAUUCCAGCAGAGGCCAACCCAACAGACCUCAGCCAAUCACAAGGUCAUGAGCUCUUGCCCGGGUCCAGUUAGUGUUCAGAUGAAUUCCAUGUUUGGACCCGCCCACCCUCAGACUCUUUUACAGGGCCACGGUGGCGGCAGCACCAGCAGCAGCUGCAGUAGCAACAACAGAUCUCUUGAACUGCAUGAAUCUCUCUCUCUUCUGGGAGAUGAAGAUGAUGAUGAUGAAUACCUGGAGGAUAGUUACCUGGAGGAAGAGGAAAUGAUGUCUGGAGAGGAUGUUAUAUCAGAAAACAUGUCACUACAGAAUAUGGGUGCAGCUGGAAGACCCACCGGCACUCAUCCAGCUCUGAAGAGGAGGAGGGUCUUCAGAAUUCCCAGAGGGAGGGAGAGACAGCGAGUGAAAGAUGCAGCAGGUGUGUUGUUCCGCUAUAAAAAGAUCCUUGUGACGUACCAGAGGCUAAAGAACAUGUCCAAGGCCUUCCAGAUCCACGGAGUCGAUCGAAACACUGUGGCCUCUACCACACCAAUUGCUGAGCUUCUGCUGGUGGCCCCGGAGAAGGUGGCUGAGGUGGGCGAGUUUGACCCGUCCAAAGAAAAGCUUCUGGACUACGCCCGGCGCUGUUACAUCGCACUCGACCCCCAGACUCUCAGCAAAGUGCAAGCUCUGAAGAAAAACAACCUGCUACUGCCAAUCUCCUACAGGUUGAAAGGAACUGAUAAUCGGUAAUUGGAAGAAAACAAGGAGCGACUGAUUCUUAUCCUGCUGUAUCGUGAAACCCCUGCACUGUAUUUUAUUGUUCUGUAGAACACAGAUUUACCAUCUCAACCUCCACAUUCUGCUGUUCAGAGUACUCUGAACCAAGUCUACUAUUACCUCUGUUCUCCACCACUCACAGCUUCGGAUGGGCUGCAUACUUGUGCUUUCUGGUUUGCUAUUUUUGAUUUCACCCCAUUGUUUCAUAAUGAAGUUAUAUCUGUUGAGUGGUUUUGAUUAAUUGUAGCUACAGUUGAAGGUCCAGAAUAGGCCUGUCACGAUAAUUACAUUAUCAACUUAUCGUACGAUAUAUGGACAUGACCUCGAUAGUUUUUGCUGACCUCGAUAUUGCCCAUUGUGAUUACAUGAGUGUUUGUUUACAUAAGAAUGAAUGUCACCAACAUUUUAACCAGUCAGGCUGCUUCUGUCCUCUCGUCUGCUCUCUGUGUCAGAGGUGGGGCUCAGGCAGCUAUUCCACACACACACAGAGCAGACAGCGACAGGUGAAGAUUAUGUGUUACUCUAGGCUAAUAGGUGUUUUUCCCAUCGACUGCAUAAUUCCAGCCAGAAAGUUUGGAAGUAUAAAUUAACUUUGUUUCAAAGCCGCAUUCCACAGCUCCAGUGUGGGAACAUUUUGGCUUUAAGCCGAAAAAGGAGAGCCUAUUAACAUGAACGAGCCGGCAGGGCUCUACAUUAACACUUGUCCGGGACAAGUGGAAAUUUUGAAAGGGCAAGUGUAGAGCCGAGGAGGGCGGGACCGGGCUGUAAUGACGCAUGCCCGGUCCCCAAUCAGCCUGAUGGGGCGUGCGAGGGAUAAAGGCGGCCGGGGACGACAGUUAGAGAGAGAGAGAAUUACAGGCAGCUGCGCUGUGUGUGUUUAUGUUUGUGUGUUUUUGGUUAAGUUGUUCAUUAAAUUAUUAUUUAAGUUGUCAAGCCAGUUCUCGCCGCCUCCUUUCCACCGAACCCCCUUACACUGGUGCCAAAACCCAGGAAGGAGGAGGGAUGCUCGUCGCAGAGUCCUCGACACUGCCGUCUACCCAGCGGCGCGCCGCUGCCAUCCGCCGGGGGACGGAGUAGCCUGGACGCGGGGAACGGCCGCCGUCCGCGAGGCGAGUGGGGACUGGGCUCCCCGACCACCUGGAGCGAUGGAGCUGCUGCCAGGGGCGGAGGAGUGCCCUGCCGUCCCCUAGAAACGCAGAGGGGUCGAGAGAAGACUGCCGUCCGCAAGGGGAGGAGGGAAGUGACUCCCUGACCGCCUGGAGCGGUAGGGCCGCUGCCAGGGGCGGAGGAGUGUCCCCACGGGAUGCCGGGAACGCGGAGGGGUGUUCUGUCCGCUGGGGGUCGGAGGUCUGACUCCGGUCCGGCCGGGGAGGAGCGGCUGCCGUCCGCCUGAGAGGGUGGAGGAGUGAUCGAGGACCACGCAACGCCGCAUCAGAGAACCGGAGAGCCCAUUAACGUGAACGAGCCGGCAGGGCUCUACAUUAACACUUGUCCGGGACAAGUGGAAAUUUUGAAAGGGCAAGUGUUGAGCCGAGGAGGGUGGGACCAGGCUGGAAUGACGCACGCCCGAUCCCCAAUCAGCCUGAUGGGGCGCGCGAGGGAUAAAGGCGGCCGGGGACGACAGUUAGAGAGAGAGAGAAUUACAGGCAGCUGUACUGUGUGUUUAUGGUGGUGUGUUUUUGGUUAAAUUGUUUAUUAAAUUAUUAUUUAAGUCGUCAAACCGGUUCUCGCCGCCUCCUUUCCACUGAACCCCCCUUACACAGUACAGCUGCCUGUAAUUCUCUCUCUCUCGAACUGUCAUCCCCAGCCGCCUUUAUCCCUCGCGUGCCCCAUCAGGCUGAUUGGGGACCGGGCAUGCGUCAUUCCAGCCCGGUCCUGCCCUCCUCAGCUCUACAGCAAGUUAAAGAGAAUUUUACAGGAAUUUUCAAACGGACAAGUAGCCUGAUUAAAAUCUCAAUAACAAAAGCUUAAUAGCGCGGGAUUGCGGGGAUUGAGUACAAUUUGAAUAAUUCCCGCAUGGUUCACUUUCAAAAUGCGGGGAAUUCCCUCUAUCGCGUUGCCCUCUUUCCCUCUCGCCUUCACUAGUGGUGCAGCGUUCAGCAGCUUGUGAGUGCGAGGAGUUGGGAAGUGCGUAUCUACUGAACUUUAGAUUUUACAUAGGCCUAUAUAAACGGGUAUAAACCUGUUAAUUGGACAUGCGAAUGGAGUUGUACCACGUUUCAAUAAGCCAGCGAUGCGAUAAACAGGAGCAAUAGUUUUAUAAUCAACAAAGCUGUCUUCAUCGCAAGUGCGCAACGUUGGAGGAAUCGAAUUUUGUCUAGUCACAUCGUGGCGCUCCCUCAUAAUACAGCAAGAAAGGCAGAAAUAGCAAAAACGCUUUGUGUAAUUAUACCGUCUGUAGAGUGAAGAGAACGCUUAAAACAGACUUAUGCACCCGUUACAUCUCUCACCUUUCUAGAACUCAUCUACUGUAUGUAUCCGAGGUAUUUUCUCUGCCAUGUGAAUCGGUAAAUUUUAAUAAGUAUAUAACAAUAUACAUUAUAAUAAUAUUAAUACUAUAACAUUAAUAAAUUACACACAAUAAAAACAUAUCUAUUUUUAACAUGCAUAUCUGUUUUGAAUAUACAACAGAACUGAUUUAGCAGCAAGGUUCUCUCAGGAUUUUAUCUGUUAACAUUUUCAAUGCAUUUUGUCAAUAUUAAACAACGCUUUUUAAUGCAACUGGUGAGAAUUGACUUGUACUUUCAAAGAGAUGAUUUACCCAAAAAUUUUAAUUGAGUAACACUUUUAAUUGGGUACAAAAAUGUUCCUUUUGUUAACAUUAGUGAACUACAACAGUUUAAUAAUUGAUUAAUCUUGGUUAAUGUUAAUUCCCGCAUAUAGUAUAUUAAUACAUUUUCAUACAUUAAAUGAAAAAGUUGUAAAUGUUAACAUUAGUUCAUGCACUAUGAACUAACAAUGAACAAUUGUAUUUUUUUUUUAGUAACUAACAUUAACUAAGAUUGAUAAAUGCUGUAAAAUAUUGUGCAUUGUUAGUUCACGAUAGUAACGAAAAGUGUCAAUACAACUAACCUAAAAGCUCAUCUAAAACAUAACCAUCCCAUCCAGUUUUCCAAGCUGGGAACAAAAACCGCAGUUGGAGAUGGAGAGGGGCCUUCCCGACUUUAUUUUUUUGACAUUCCAAUUCCAAUGUCUGAAUGUUCUUGAGAAUUAAAAGUUAAUUGCUCUUUGAAAGGGUGUACUUGUACUAUUAUAUUAUCAUUAUAUCCAUGGCAUAAAAUGGUCGUAAAAUGACAAUAAUAUCGUUUAUCACAAUUAUUUCUGGGACAAUGUAUUGUCCACCAAAAGUAGUUAUUGUGACAGGCCUAGUCCAGAAUUGACAAUUCAAUCAAAUAUAAAUAAAAAAACCUGCAGCCGCUAUGACAUCAGCCCUCUGUGAUGUGUAGCUCUAUGGCAGGGGCGGGGAACCUUUUUCCUGUUAAGGGCCAUUCAACUAUUUACAAAAGUAUUUGCUAGCCAUGCAGUUGCUUGCAGUUUCUGAUUGUUGGUUGAAAGUAACCUAUGCAUUCCAUUACAUGCAUACGCACACACAUAUAUAUAAAAUAAUUUUUUUAUUUUUUUUUAAAGGUCUUUCUAUUAUGCAAUAUUUUGCAUUGUUAUUAUUUUAACUUAUUUUCAAUAAUUAUUUUAAUUGUAUUUAUUCUUUUUUACAGUUAAUGUAAUCAAGGCCAUUUUUCUGUUUUUCAAAUUAUUUCUCAAAUGGCCUUGCGGGUCUUAUACUGCCCUAAAGCCUGGUGGUCCCCAUCCCUGCUCUCUGUGGUGUUGUGUGUUGCUUAGAAGUUCUCUGACUGGGGUCACUAUGUCUAUUCAGCUUGGGCCAGAUUUGUGCCCUAGUUCUCUAUAUCUCGAAGCACUUACCUGACUGACUUAUGGACUUUCCCAAAGUCAUUAUGAGCUAUUGGUUUAGGUUCUUCAGAGAACAAGUGCACUUCACCUGUUUUACACUGCGACUCUACACCAAGCAGCACCUGUACCUGCUCAUGAACCCAUUUGGAUUGGAUUUGUGAAGUUUUUGUGCAUGUGUCUCCUAUUAGACGACACUGACUGUUCAGCAUGUGAAAAGUUUAUAUAGUGUAAAUCAGUGUUAAAACAGUUGGUUAUAGUCCUGGUCUAGUACAUAGUGCAGACACUAAUGAGUAUGAGUGAGCGCUCAAGUGUUCAUGUUUUAACUGGUGCUGAAGUUCAUUCGAAAUGCUCAAAUUUGAGUGUGUGUGGAUGUUUGCCAAAUUCACGCUGUGUGUGUGUGUGUGCACGCUUGAGAUUAGAAUAUUCAUGGCUCCUUUGAGCAGAGAUUUUUACAUCACAAAAUAAAUGUAAUAAAUCACAAACUUCCCCAUUAUUAAAUCAACAUGUUUGCUUUAGCUUUCACAUUCAAUGUCAUUUUACUGUCCACUACCUUUGAUUACGGGUCAGGACUCUUAGAUUUCAGUUAUGACUCAGGAACCAAUCAUUUGUGGAUAUUUCAAAUACAGUUCGGUUGAUCAUAAAAUUCUGAAAGUUGAACAUUGUGCGGUUUUCCACUCAUGGUUUUUUAUUUUUAUUUCUAUUUUGUAAUUCAUGUUGGGUUGAGAGUAGCCACAAAGCUGUUCAAAGUCUGGUCUUUUUUGUCAUACUGCGAGAAACAUUUAAUAAAGUUUCAACUGAU